AGUGCGUCUUUAAGUCUUUUAUAUACAAUGGGUAAUUGUCUAAAAAUUAAUAGUGCCGAUGACAUUUCGCUGUUGCGAGGCAGCGAAAGUUUUAGUGGGCAGGAUGGUGGACCAACGCCAGUUUCCCAGCAUGAGCCGAUGACCCAAGUGUUUUAUCCUACCUCUUCUAGCAGCCCUGGGGAUGCUGCUGGAGCUGGCAAUCACAUGUCAGAGGAGGAUCAGAUAAAAAUAGCAAAGCGCAUCGGACUUGUUCAGCAUCUGCCUAUUGGCACCUACGAUAGCAGCUCGAAGAAGGCACGCGAAUGUGUCAUUUGUAUGGUGGAGUUUUGUGUGGACGAGGCUGUGCGAUAUCUUCCUUGCAUGCACAUCUAUCAUGUCCAUUGCAUUGACGACUGGUUAAUCCGGAGCCUCACUUGUCCCAGCUGCUUGGAGCCAGUGGAUGCCGCGCUGUUAACAAGCUAUGAAACAACAUAGCGCACUCUACACUGUUAAGAAAAACAAGUUUUUUUUUUUAAACUGAGAACUACAUAUAUAAUCGAAUCGAACAAAAUCAAUAACUGUUAGCAUAGCGUCAGACCGUAUAUUAUAACCUCGCACUCGGGUCUUUCGAUAAAAAUGUCAACAAUAACGGGUCUGUUCUUACUGCAACCUACAAACAAGUCAGAUUACACAAUUCUAUCGAAUGAAUGGUCAACUAAGUUUGUGUUUCCAUUAAAAAGGAGCAGUAUCCUACUCAGUUCGAUCGGAGCAGUUCGCCUUUGCUAUCAAUAGGGGAGGGGGGUUUU